AUGAGUGCGCCUGGGGCCGAGGUAUUCUCCAGCUGGAGCGAUGUGGUUGCGCGGCGCGAGUGGGAGGUGAGCUUCGCAAAGGAGCGGCUGGAGAAGAUGGAGCCCGUGGACCUGCCGCUGUGCAGGAUGGAGAGGGUCAGCGCGAACAGCGACGAGCGCACCGUGCGCUUUGGCCUCAAGCGCGGCAAGCUAUUGUACAUCUUCAAGCACCCGACCCACGACGUCGAGCGCGACAAGCACCGCAACGUCAUCACCCGCGCCCGCUUCAUCAAGCAACGUCUCGAGAGCGCUGGGUACCGCCUGAUUCCCUGGGACUUCAAAAAGGGCCAGCCGCCGCGCUUCUGGGACGACGACGCUAUGGAGGAGGACGACGAUGAUCUCUACGGGCCUUCGGAGCCUCAGCAGGCCGAGAGCAAGGACGAAAUCAAGAAUGAAGACGGCGACUCGAGCGGCGACGAGCCCAUGGAGGAGGAGUCUGGCGACGAGGACAACAGCGACGAUAGCGAUUCGGACAUUGAGAUCAUUAUAGACAAGCCCGCCGUCGCGCCCAAGCCCGCACAGCAACAGCAGCAGCCCCAGGAAUCCAAGGCGAUCAAGAUUGAAGCGCCCCCGCAGGCCUCCACAACACCGUCUCAGGCCGCCCGGACAACAGCACCCCAAGUCCCCACGCAGCCAGGCACUGCAUACCCCGCCAUCAGGUCUUCUACCAUUGAUGUCAAUGGCGACCCCGUCUACCCACCCGCAGGCAAGCCCAUCUCCCAAGUUGUCAUGGAUGCAGACCUGGCCGAGGAAACCAAGCCCUGGCGGUUGCCCGGCGCCGACCAGUCCGACUUCUUCAACUACGGCUUCGACGAGUUCAGCUGGGAGCAAUAUCGCCUUAAGCAGCAAGAAAUGAGUGAUACCAUUGCGGACCAGAAAGCUCAGCAGCAACAGAUGAUGGCUAUGAUGGGCGGUCUGCCUGGCCCUGGCGGUGCUCCACCGAGUGCGCCAGCGGGCAUUCCUGGCAUGCCCGGCGAAGCCGAGAUGAUGCAGAUGAUGCAGCAAAUGGCCGCGCAAGGCAUGGAUCCCAGCACCAUGGAUUUCAACCAGAUGAUGAUGCAAAUGUCCAAUAGCGGAGGUAUGGGUGGUUUUGGCGGCCCCGGAGGUCAACAGGGAGGCUUUGGCGGCGGGCAUGGAGGUGGCGGCGGUGGAAGAGGGCGUGGAAGAGGACGGGGGAAUUGGUAG